UUGGUUGUUGAUCACAUGUAGAGCCACCCGUAUGUAAGAAAAUUCAUAAAACCUACAGGGGAUAGUACAUAAAUCUGUAGUCAUUGGGUUACGAUUACAGUAAAAAAAACCAGCAUACCGCUACCAAGUACAUUCUAGUAAAAUAUAGUUAGCAUUGUAUGUAUAAUAAAUGGUCAGGUACAUUUGCAUGUAUCAUGGAUAUGGUGGAGAUAGACAAGUCUUUCAGCUGUGGCACAGAGAUUGCCAGUAGAUGCACAGGUAUCUUGUAAAUAUUUAGCAGAUACAUUUAAUUACCACAAAUUUAAGUGUAAAUCAGGACUGUCACUAUAGAUGGUAAUGAGGUGAUUGCCUUAUACUGUUAUUCCCAUGUCACUGUUCUGAUCCCUCUUCCAACUGUGUUUCAGUAUAGAAACACCCAUGAGCACCAAUAAAUUCCUGCACUUAUAUUUUAGAUAAAGUUGGCAUCUGUGCUUAUGCUCAGCAUGUCCACACCUGGGAGUUCAUCUGGGAGCCACACAUGUGUUUUCUGCAGCCAGGCAUUUACUUGCAAGACAGACCUCCAGACCCACUUUAGACGACAUGCCAAUGGGGAAAUUGACAUUAAGGGCCGACCAAAAAUGCAACAGAAAGCAGAGGAGAAAUGUACCAUUGAAGAAGAGGAAAAGGUUGCGAAGGAAGAUGUGAUCAGAAAGUCACCAGAUGAAGCUGUUGGAAAGAAGACAGAUGGCUCUGUGUGUGAUGUUUGUGGAGAAGUUUUUCGGACAGUAUCCCUGGCAAUUUCCCACAAGUUCCGCAAGCACCCUGAAUCAGUUAUUAAACACUAUUGUCCUCACUGUGGCAUGAUGUUCCCAAUUAAGAUUAAUCGUGACAAGCACCUGCUGACUCAUACAGGCAUGGCACCCAAGCAGCUUUUCCCAUGCUUGACGUGUGGAGUUGCCUUCUACAACUUCAGAGCCAGGAAGUUUCACAUGGACUCAGCACACAAGGGAGCUAUCCGCAUGGUGAAUCCAAUAAAAACCCCAGCCCCAAGCUUAAAGAUAGUCCUAAACAAUGCUGGUGAAGCACACAGUGUGUAUUACUGCCACCUUUGCGGAUGCGAGUAUCAAGUCAAGUACAAUCUACAGAAGCACUUAGCAACUAGGCAUACAGAGGAGGAGAGAGAUGCUGUACCUGAAGAAGUGAUGCAGUGCAAUGUCUGCUCAGCUUUAUUCUACUCCAAGAGAGCAUACGAGGCACACAAUCACCAUCAUCGUGAGAGUGACCUAUAUGCUACCAAUGAAGAAAUGAGGCAACAAGUUGUCCAGAGAAUUGAUCAAGAUUUUGACCAAAGGCGAGUACCCACAACAGUCGAGCGUUAUCUCUCUGCAUCUGCAAUAAGCUCCAAUCGUUCAGCCACAUGGCGCAACAUCAGGGCUGCUAAAAGGAACCAAGAAAUAACACAAACUUCUCCAAUAUGUGAAGCAGCCCAGGAGAAGAGUAUACCUCUGGUAGCUACAGAUAAUGAGAAUAGCUUAGUUCAUAGUAAACCAGAUAUCAGUACCAUGAGUAACACAAUGGGCACAGAACCUCCCAAUGUGGUUGAUUGCUUCUUACAGGAGAAUGACUCAUGCUGGGAAUCACAAGGACAGGUUAGCAGAAAAAGACUGAUUGAUGAUGGAGAAGAAGACCAAGAGAUCAGCAGACUUGGAACUGUGAACCCUGAUACAGUAAUGCCAAAUCCUGGAAUGAUACUAGGGCAAAGUAAUGAAGACCUAGAGAGUAAUAAUGAUGAAAAGCCACAGGAGACAAAAGUAAGGGCUGAAAAGACUCAAGAGUUUGGAAGUGAUACUGAGAAGCAGGACGAGUCUGAAAUGGCAGAAGAACAGGACAUACAUCAAAGUAAAGGAGAUAAUAAUGACAGUGAAGAGAGUGAUGGAGAUCUGGUGGUGGAGAAAAUAGUGGGAAUGCGAAAAGCUACAAAUGGCAGAGAAUUCCUAGUAAGAUGGCAGGGAUUUGAGCCUGCAGACGACACCUGGGAGAGGGAAGAGUUCUUGAGUUGUGGAAAUCUUAUAUCUGAUUUCCUCAAGAACAGAAAGAGUGCAGCAGUCAGACUAGGAAGAGAGUACAAAUGCACAUGUAGUGAUGAUAAAAUGAGCAUCAACUAUGACUUAACCUUUUGGGUCUGGGUGCCUCACAGCUCAUACAUGGACCAAAUCCCAGGCAUUAAGCUUAUUUGAGUGGUGACUUUCCUGGGGAAAACCUGACGGGCAGGGGUUAGAAGCACCAAUAGAAUGGUAUGAAGCUCCAAAGCGGAAAAAGCGGAAAGAGCAGAAGGGCAGAGGAGCUAAAACCGAAUAGGCCACAUAAAAGAAAAACGAGGAACAUUCCACACUUUCUCAACCUUGAGAUGUGAUAUUAAUUAUUUGUUAUCUAUUUAUAUUUUAUUUAAUUGCACAUUGUCUGAUAAUGAGCAAGAUUUUCUGCAACUGCCCUGUAGUGUAUAACAUCAUUGAAACUUCUUUUGUGCACUUGAUAAAAUUUUAAGAUUCUUCAUCUUACAAAUUUUAGUGUAGGUAAUAAUUAUUAAGUACCAUGGACUGUAGAUUUUAAACUGGUGCCUGGAUUUAGAACCAGCAUCUCUGUUAGAUUUGCUCUUCUUAAGUAAAGUAAAGUGGAACAACGGAGCAUAGUCUGGCAUGCAAAAUACAAAUUUGAGAUUAAACUAUAUUUGUUAGACAAGUCUUAUUAUAUUUAUAAAUGAGCAGCAGUCCACUAAAGCAGUGGCAUUGCUACUGCAGGGCCUGUGCAUUUUAAAUCAGUGCAUCAUUUUCUCAUUCAUAAGGCUGUUGAUAAAAUGAAAGGGGGUCGAUGAUGUGCAACAUUGAUAGAAAUCUUGCAUUUCUUAUAUAUGAAUAUCUGUAGCAUAAGAAUACAUAUUGAUGUUCACUGCAGGUAUUGAUAGCUAUGUCACAUGUGCUUCAUAUUCAGUAGUUACAUAUCUCUAUACACUUUUAUUUUUGUAAAAGCAUUCACUGAUACAAAGCAGUCUUCCGAGCAAAUAGUUAAUCAAAUUAAGUGUGAUAAACAAAAUUUAUUUAUUAAUGCCUAUUGCAGUGUUGUAGGUGAACCAGCUAUAUAAUAAAUGUCUUUGUUAAUGCAUGUAAAUAUUGUAAAAAAUGUAAGAAAUAAGAGAUGUUAUAAAAUUUCUAAAGAA